AAAAAAAACUGUAACACACACUUCGCAUUCUUCCAAAUACGAAACCUAGCACACAACUCGUCCACUGGGUUUCAGAGCAAGAUUGAAUUUUGACGAUGUUUUCGCCUACCCUUUAUCGCAAUUAGGCUGAAAUCGAUGGGGGUUGGUGGUAAUUUCUGGGACCUGCUGAAGCCCUAUGCGCGCAACGAAGGUUUUGAUUUCUUGAAGAACAAGCGAGUUGCUGUGGACCUUUCGUUCUGGAUUGUUCAGCAUGAGACUGCCAUCAAGGCACAUGUCAGAAAACCCCACCUCAGGCUUACCUUCUUCCGCACCAUCAAUCUCUUCUCCAAGUUUGGAGCGUUUCCUGUGUUCAUUGUUGAUGGGACUCCAUCGCCGUUGAAAUCACAGGCCAGGAUUGCGAGAUAUUUCCGGUCUUCUGGCAUUGAGUUGGCUAGCUUGCCGGUGCCUGAAGGUGUUUCAGCUGAGAGGAACCGUUUAUUUUCAAGCCGUGUUCAAGAAUGUGUGGAACUAGUUGAACUACUUGGAAUGCCUGUACUAAAGGCUAAAGGAGAGGCUGAAGCACUCUGUGCUCAGUUAAAUAGUGAAGGUCAUGUGGAUGCUUGCAUGACAGCUGAUAGUGAUGCAUUCCUCUUUGGGGCCAAAUGCAUUAUAAAAUGUUUCUGUCCCAAUUCCAAAGAACCAUUUGAAUGCUACAGUAUGUCAGAUAUUGAAGCUGGGCUUGGAUUGAAGAGGAAACACUUAAUAGCUAUCUCUCUUUUGGCUGGAAAUGAUCAUGAUAUGAAUGGUGUUCGAGGGAUUGGGGUUGAUUAUGCACUUCGUUUUGUUAAAGCUUUUAGUGAAGAUGAUAUAUUGAAUAGAUUACAUGAGAUAGGCAAAGGGAAUACUUCACAAAUUCCCAUCUGCAUUAAAGUUGAGGAAGAUAUGGAUAUGGGUGAGAGCUCCCCAAAUAGAAAACAACCUCAUUGCUCAUUCUGUGGGCAUCCAGGCAGCAAAACAGAUCACGUGAAGUUUUCCUGUGAAUAUUGUGUCACUAAGGAUGAUGAAGGUUGCAAGCAAAAACCAGACGGUUUUAAAUGUGAUUGCUUCUCCUGUGGUAUGCACUUAAUAUUUGAUUGGCAGAAUAGGAGACAUAAGGAGCAAAAAAGACUGGAAAAUUGGCACACAAAAAUUUGUCACAAGAUUGCACAGGAGCCAAACUUUCCCAAGGAAGAAAUCAUUGAUAUGUAUUUAUGCAAUGAUAAUGGUUACUUUUCUGGAAGUGAUAACCUUCACAUUACAUGGGGAAAACCCAAUGUUGAGAUGCUAAUUGAUUUUUUAAAUUUCCAUCAGCAUUGGGAACCAUCGUACAUUCGUCGGACAAUGUUCCCAAUGAUGUCCACCAUCUUUUUGAGAGAUAUGACUAAAACUACUGCAGAAACUUUGUUAUUUGGGCAAUACGAGUUUGAUUCCAUAGAACGUGUGAAGACAAGAUAUGGACAUCAGUUUUAUGUGGUCAAGUGGAAACAGGCAAGGGGCAGCACUGUCCGUAAAGCUCCAUCAGAGGAAUCCAGUGUGCAACAAGAUGUCAGAGAGCUUGAUGAAACGUUGGAUCUACUAGAUGACGGCGAUGUUCCUGUGAUUCAUGAAGAUGAUGGUUGUAGUUUUCUGCUCACAGAUGAAAAUAUGGACCUUGUAGGAGCUGCUUUUCCAGCAGAAGUCAAAAGGUUUUGGCAGGAACAGGAACAGAAAAGAAGCAAGAAUUCAAUGUCAAGAUUACAAGAAAAUGAAAACUUAGCGUCACCAAUUUCAAGGAGUAUUCAGCUAAACAUUACAGAGUUCUACCCAUCAACCAAAGUUCAACAUCGUCAAGCAAAACAAGGAGAAGGGUCAUCCAAGAAUAUUGAUAGCCAAGGCAGUGGAGGCUCAAAAAUGAAAAGGAAAAUGUCAAGUAGUCCUACUAAGCUUACAAAAUCUGUGAGGCGUCGCCUUUUAUUUGACUAGUGUCUAUAUUUAGUAUACAUGCUUGAGUUUUGGAUCUACUGGCAUUAAUAAGUAGAUAUUGAAGCAGUAAAAUAGAGUUGUAUUGGGUGACCUUAUAAUUUUGUUAGGUUCAAUAUAGGCCUGUGAGUAUAUAUGUAACCAGACUAGUGCAACCCACGGGGACAUCCAGAAAUUUUAAUAGAUAUUUAUGUGUAUUAUGAUGUUUCUUAUUUAAAUUGAUAUGUGAAAUUCAACAUCUCAAUAUUGUA